AUUGUAUUAUUUUUAUCAUUGCUUUUUAUUAAUUGCAGAUAUACAAUAACGUUCAUUAAGGCAAAUGGAGACCGCAUAACAACCAAAGGCAAAGAAGGAGAGAGUCUUUUGGAUUUAGUUGUCAAUAAUGAUUUGGACUUCGAUGGAUUUGGUGCAUGUGAAGGAACCCUGACUUGUUCGACGUGUCACUGUAUCCUCAAGCAGGAUGUUUUCGACAAAAUACCCAAUCCACCUAAUACUGAGGAGAACGAUAUGCUUGACCUGGCAUUUGGGGUAACUGAUACGUCCAGACUUGGCUGUCAAAUCAGAUUAUCAAAGGACUUGGAUGGUACAGAGGUGACACUUCCGGCGACAGUCAAUGACGCAAGAGCCAGUCAAUGACAGCUUUUACAGGUUCUAAUCUAUGACUAAACCAAAUACGGUGGUGUGAGAUGCACAGUAUGUACGCAUUAAAAGUGAGAUUAUUUGAAAUUACCAAGAAGCAGGGUAAUAUUUACAAUUUAUUCUCAAACCGAGUUAAGUUUUUGGAAUUUCUUAAAUAUGUACUUAAAAAAAAUCCAAAGACGAUUGUUAUAAUUUGUUUAGAGAAAUUUAAGUUUUUAAGUUUCAGAAUUUAUAAACAGUUUUUAUUGUAAGAUUUAUUUAAAUAAUGUUAUGCUUAGUAGGUAAGGAACAAAUUCUGUUAAAAAUCACAUUCUGUUGUAGUAAUAUAAAUAUAUAUAUUUUAUAAAUA